AUGGUGGAUGAGACAAAAGAUAAAUCUAAGAAAGAACAAAUGAGUUUUGUUAUAAGGUUUCUGGAUGAUAAUUUUAAUAUACAUGAAAAAUCCAUUGACUGUUACCACAUGGUUAAAUCUGAUUCUGAAAGCUUAUUUAAUCAAAUAAUUAAUAUAAUCUCAGAAAAUAAUUUAAAUAUAAACAAAUGUGUUGCACAAUGUUACGAUGGUGCAUCAGUUAUGAGGUUACCUGCGUAUACAGGUGUUCAAGAACGAAUACGCAGUAAAGUGUCACACGCAAUAUAUGUUUAA